AUGGUCCGAUUGUUUUGCCUGAUGCAUGCCUGUGCCAUGGAAGAUCUGUGCAACAAGGGAGAUCACUUCAAGCUGUUAGACAUCGAGGCAUUCCUGCCGGAAGACCUCAAGCUCCUCGAACAGCCAGACGGAGCGAACACGCUGGAGAAUCCGAUUUCUAUGCAGAUCCAAUAUGUGUUCAUCUGGAUCAAAUACUUGAUCGUACAAGGCAUCCAGAGCGGUUUGUUGGACGUCCCUCCGCCGAUUCUCACGCGGGCCUACCAGGAGAUCGGCGCUGGAAUGGCUCAAUUCCACAACGCACAGAUGAUCUCCAUGUGGCCGUUCCCCUUUCCCUACGCCCAGCUCAGUCUCUUUCUCUCAGUGCUUCACUUGUUUCUGAGCCCCAUCAUCAUGUUGAAGUACACUAGCAGUGUUUGGGCAUCAGCCCUCCUGACCUACAUCUCGAUCGUGUGCGUCAUGUCCCUGAACAUCAUCGGGGUGGAGCUGGAGAAUCCUUUCGGGGAGGACACGAACGAUCUACCGGCAGCGGAGACUCACGAGCAAUUCCGACACCAUAUCCUGCUACUCGCCGACCCGGGGGCAUGGCAGGUUCCCAGGACGAAGGAAAGUGUCAGCUAUGGCUUCGAGCAAUUGCGGAACGCCUCGGGUCGGCGGGUGAGCUUGAAGCAGCACCUCCACAGCACCGCCAAUCUGGACUCGCCCGGACGGCAGCACGGGCCGGAGAAGGCCACGGACACUGCAGGCGACGCGAACGGUCCGGCGAACGGGCCGAACCAAAAUCCGCAAAGUGCAAAAGCUCAGGGUUUCCAGGGAGGCCACGGCCACGGCCAUGACCCCGGCGCGCAAGGCCAGGGCCAUCACGGAGGUGAGCACUUUGCGGACCCAAAGCAGGUCGAGAUUCUGGAGCGCUGGCUCAGCAGACAAUCGUCGAUGUUAGAAAGCUUCCUGACAAAGCAGCAGGCCCUUAUGGAACAAAUGCUCAGGUUCCGCAAUGUCGAGGCCAGAUCCUCUGCUCCAAACUUCAAGGGGACUCCAAGGCACUCUUUGCUCCUUCUUUUAUCUGCAGGUGAAGGCUUCAAAUGGGCCCUCGGUCUUCACUCCCGAGGGCUGCUGCUCCAUCAGCGCGAUGCGACCGAGGCCUCUGGUUUGAAGCUACCGAGUGACCAUCCGGACCGGGCCUUGCAGGCCGCCGCUGCGCCUGAGGCCUUCGGCCUUCCAGGUUUUCCAAGCGAGAAGCAGCGAGAUGCUCCGAUCUUGAAGAGCCGCCGGCUGCGGGACCCCGAUGGAGAGCUGUUGCUACCGCUGAAGACCGCAAAGAAAGGCAAGGCAAAGAAAAAAGCCGUCGGGUUCAAUACUCCGCGUACGAAGAAGUGA